AUGACCAGGAUGCAUGCAAGGGUUGGGGGCGGUGCGAGGGAGAACGCAGCCAUGUUGUGCUUCUUCCUGUUCGUAGCUCCCUGCGCAGCUUCAAUUGCCCCUCCUACUCCUCAGUGUAAGGUAGCUGGAUGGCGAGUGUGUGUGCCUCUCGAUGGCAAGGUGGGACAGAUGGAAGUGUCGGGCACAUGUGUCAUGUGUGGGGUCCUGAAAGAGGGUGUUGCUCCUGUAAGUCCUUUCUCUUUCCUUGCUGGGGCCCGACAUGUUGCAAUAAGGGGGCAUCCAUUCCACCUCCUGUCGGGAAACAGUCUGGCCCCGCUUGAUCAUUCUGUGGUCCUCACUUUGGCCUUGGUGGAUGCAAAGAUGACUGGUGUGAAGAACAACACCUUUGCUGGGUUCUCCGCUCUCGUAACACUGUCCCUAGAUUCUAACAAGUUGACAAAUGUCAAGAAGACCUGGUUCACUGGCUUGGAGAAUCUCCUCAGUCUGACUUUGUCCAACAACUACAUCACGCAGAUAGAGCCAGGGAGCUUCGCCAACCUGACCCGUCUGUUUCUCUUGGAUCUACAUAACAAUCUGUUGCAGGUUGUAGACCCUGGAUGGCUCUUUGGACUGAAAAGUAUCAUGAUCAUCAACCUGGGGUUGAAUGAAAUCAAAAGCAUUGCCCCUGGGUCAUUCCAACACAUACAGCCGAGCUGGAUAGAUCUGAGUGGUAAUGAUCUGUGGAGUUUGGAUGAAGAUGUGUUCCGGGGACAGUCUCGGCUGAGAAGUCUCCAUGUCAGCAGUGGUAUGCUGUCAUCUGUUCAUGAUGCAAAGCCACAUGAGAUGAUAUGGAGCCUAUAUCGGUUAGCCAAUGCCAUGAGAGGGUUAACAACAUUGGCUGUUGUGGUGCCCAGGUUCCUCUUCAGCUGUGUCAGCCGCAGUGGGGUAACCCCUGAACUCUCGUUUUGGUGGAUGUUCGAUUCAUCUAAGAAGGUGCCUUAUAACAUCAUUCCCAGGUCAUUUGCAUGUGGAAAUUUGGAUAGUUCUCUGAAGAUGAUCUCCAUCCAGCCCCCUGUAGUUGUACUGGCCACUGACGACUCUCUGACAGACAAACUGGAGACGAACGCGCUUGAGCAGUGCAGGCAGGUGUGGGAAUACGAUGAAGGCAUCGCAAUGGAACUAGGUGGAAGUUCAUACUUCCGACUGGUUUCCUUGUCCACAGGGAAUUCAACCUUUGAAGGUGUUGGCAUGUCGUUUGUCCAGACACAAGACACAAACACACUCACCACCACGGAGUCUGGGUACGGCCACACACACACGCCCCAUGCAAACGCCAACCAUGACAAUGCAAAGAACAUCACAUGCAUUCUGCUCACCAAAGAUGAACGCACGGAGCUGCCGUUCGCCACUUCCCAGAACCAUGGUCCGACACAGACAGCAGCCACUUACGGAACACACACUGACCACUCCAUCAGCCUGACACACUACACUGGACAUACAGAGAAAGACUACACAUCUUCAGAAAUGGUAGAAAACUCUACACUGCAGGUAAGAACGGCACCUGGACCAGAGGUGCCUCCGGCAACAGAUCAUGUUCUCAUAUCUGUUGUUGCAGUUUCAGCAUUGGUCGGUCUGGUCUUGUCGUCCCUUCUAGUGUUGGUAUUGAAGCUGUGCUCCAAAAGGACGAGCGAGGAUGAGAGGGACAGUGACGAUGCACAUGUCUGGACCGUCCCGCCUGGGGUUGCUUUCCCCGGCUUGCUUCGGUCUGCUUCCCUCCCUGCAUGGUCAGGCAAGAUGGCGUCGGAUAGCUCAGUUUCCUGUAUAUCAUUGCCCGCUGCCCUGCACUCCGUCAAACCUACUUACAGCGAGAUUCCAGAUGACGUAGCUUGUGCUCAGAGGCCCCUGCCGAGUCUCCCGCACGAGGAAGUGAUGGUCCGGUCAGCCUCCCUCCCUGCACGCACUCGUGAGCCCGGCGGCGCUCCACACGAUACCGCAUCCUGUAGGUCAUUGCCGGUUGUUCUACAGUCCAUUGAACCCACCUACUGUGAGAUCCCAGAUCACAUGGCCGCUGCACAGCGCCCUCUGCCGGCUCUCCCGCGCACACCCUGGGAGAUCACAGAACAUGCAACUGCUGCACAGCGCCCCCUGCCUGUCCCACACCAUACCUACAGUGAGAUCCCAGAUGACGAUGAGAGCGGCCCCAUGCCUUUCUAUGCUGAUCCUGCAGGGUUUUCGCUUCAUGUUGUCAGAAAUAGGGGCCAAAACAGACAGGCCUUCCGGGAUGUCACAAUUACUUCCAACAGACACCGGUCUGGAAGAUCCAUGGCCACAUAUGGGUCAGCUGAACAGACAAAUGCUCAGGGUGAUAGCGUUUACAGAAUGGCCAUCGAUGCCCAGGGUAUAAGAGCCCGUAGAAAUCUGAGGACAGGUUUGUUAUCCCAGGCUAUCGACCAAAGUGUGAGGACGUACGUCAACGUCACAGAUGCGAUUCUGUCGAGAGGUCAGGAGGUCACGGAGGCUCACAUCGCCUUCCUCACAUCCCCUGGUACAUCCGGGACGGGGUCAUGGGAGAUCUCAGGGGAGGGAACCCGUAUCACACCACGGCGUGCGUCCCUCCCCACCGUCACACUACCUAACACCUACUGGCCAUGGGAGAUCCCAGGGGAGGGAACCCGUAACACAGCACAGCGUGUGUCCCUCCCCACCGUCACACUACCUAACACGUACUGGCCAUGGGAGAUCCCAGGGGAGGGAACCCGUAACACAGCACAGCGUGCUCCCCUCCCCACCGUCACACUACCUAACACCUACUGGCCAUGGGAGAUCCCAGGGGAGGGAACCAGUUUCACGCGGCGACGUGUGUCUCUCCCCACCGUCACACUACCUAACACCUACUGGCCAUGGGAGAUCCCAGGGAAGGAACUCUGUAACACACCACAGCCUGUGCCCCUCCCCACCGCCACACUACCUAACACCUACUGGCCGUGGGAGAUCCCAGGGGAGGGAACCAGUUUCACACGGCGACGUGUGUCUCUCCCCACCGUCACACUACCUAACACCUACUGGCCAUGGGAGAUCCCAGGGGAGGGACUCUGUAACACACCACAGCCUGUGCCCCUCCCCACCGCCACACUACCUAACACCUACUGGCCAUGGGAGAUCCCAGGGGAGGGAACCUGUUUCACACGGCGACGUGUGUCUCUCCCCACCGUCACACUACCUAACACCUACUGGCCGUGGGAGAUCCCAGGGGAGGGAACCCGUAACACAGCACAGCGUGUGUCCCUCCCCACCGUCACACCGCCUAACACCUACUGGCCAUGGGAGAUCCCAGGGGAGGGAACCCGUAACACAUGA